AUGUCAAAAACGGACUUUACGCUCCACUCGUGCUGGAGAUUCGAAAUAUCAUUAAGUGAUGAUGGGCACGUCAAGGACUCAAAGGAGAACGCAAAGAUUUCAAGGAGCACGGACCGGUUUUUGGUGUUGCUUGUUCGGGAUAAUGUGGUCUAUUUUGUCUUAGCCUUCGUUGGUAUCGGCUCUAAUGCUGUUGCGUUCACGCCGUCACUUGAGGAGCCGAGCCUUGGAACUGCAGUGUUCUGUGUUUUCAAUAUCAUCCUCUACAACGGCGUAAUUACAAUGAUUGGGCCUUGGAUGGUGCUCAACAUCCGGAGGCAGGACGCAAAAGACACUAAGGGUGAUACAACGCUAAACACACACAUAGACAGCUUGCGAUUUGCGGAGUCUUCCAGCGCCACUGUCGCGGAAACUUAG